GGGAGGAGCGAGGUAGCCAGGCCAGCGUCGCAGGGGCUCGCUGCUCAAGGGUCUAGCUCCUGACACCCGUCGCCCCCACCCCAACCGGCCCCCGUGGGCCACCGGGCGAACAAAAGCGACCAGCCGCGCACCAUGCGGCCGCUCGGCGCGCCGCCCGGGCCUUGAUGGUGAGCGAUCGCAACCCACCCGCGCCGGGGUCCCGCGCGUCGGCCUAGCCACGCUCCACGCCGUGCGCCCGGCUCCGUUCUGCCCCCGGGCGCCGCCCGCCGCGCCUCGCUCGGAGUCGGCAGCUGGCGCCAGGGCGGCCGGAGGAUGCCGAGGGGCCGGAGCCCGGCGGGCCCGAGGCCGAGGCGCGCGCUGCCCCCCGCCCCUGCCCCGUGAGCCCCGCCAGCCGCCGGACGCGCCGACCCUAGGCCCUCAGUCCCUGGUGCUGCCCACCCUCUGCGGCCGUGCCCUUCCUCUCCGUGGCACUGCGCGUGGCCGCUGCGGCUUCCACCCAGCUCCCGAACCGCCGCCGUCGGCCAUGGAGGUGGCGCCCGAGCAGCCGCGCUGGAUGGCGCAUCCCGCCGUGCUGAAUGCGCAGCACCCCGACUCGCACCACCCGGGCCUGGCGCACAACUACAUGGAGCCCGCGCAGCUGCUGCCGCCGGACGAGGUGGAUGUCUUCUUCAAUCACCUCGACUCGCAGGGCAACCCCUACUACGCCAACCCGGCCCACGCGCGGGCGCGCGUCUCCUACAGCCCCGCGCACGCUCGCCUUACCGGAGGCCAGAUGUGCCGCCCACACUUGUUGCAUAGCCCGGGUUUGCCCUGGCUAGAUGGGGGCAAAGCGGCCCUUUCUGCAGCCGCAGCACAUCACCACAAUCCCUGGACCGUGAGCCCCUUCUCUAAGACGCCGCUGCACCCCUCGGCUGCCACAGGCCCUGGAGGCCCCCUCUCCAUGUACCCAGGGGCUGCGGGGGGCAGUGGGGCAGGCAGCGGGAGCUCGGUGGCCUCCCUCACGCCCACCGCUGCCCACUCCGGCUCCCAGCUCUUCGGCUUCCCCCCCACACCACCCAAGGAAGUGUCUCCCGACCCCAGCACCACGGGGGCUGCCUCCCCGGCCUCGUCUUCUGCAGGGGGUAGCGCAGCCCGGGGCGAGGACAAGGACGGUAUCAAGUACCAGGUGUCCCUGACGGAAAGCAUGAAGAUGGAGAGUGGCAGCCCCCUGCGCCCAGGCCUGGCGGCCAUGGGAACCCAGCCCGCCACGCACCACCCCAUCCCCACCUACCCGCCCUAUGUGCCAGCCACUGCCCACGACUACAGCAGCGGACUCUUCCACCCUGGGGGCUUCCUGGGUGGACCCACCUCCAGCUUCACCCCAAAGCAGCGCAGCAAGGCACGGUCCUGCUCAGAAGGCCGGGAAUGUGUCAACUGUGGGGCCACGGCCACCCCGCUCUGGCGGCGGGACGGCACCGGCCACUACCUGUGCAACGCCUGUGGGCUCUAUCACAAGAUGAACGGGCAGAACCGGCCACUCAUCAAGCCCAAGCGGAGGCUGUCCGCCGCCAGGAGAGCGGGCACCUGUUGUGCAAAUUGCCAGACCACUACCACCACCUUAUGGCGCCGCAACGCCAACGGGGACCCGGUCUGCAACGCCUGCGGCCUCUACUACAAGCUGCACAACGUUAACCGGCCCCUCACCAUGAAGAAGGAAGGAAUCCAGACUCGGAACCGGAAGAUGUCCAACAAGUCCAAGAAGAGCAAAAAGGGGGCUGAGUGCUUCGAGGAGCUGUCCAAAUGCAUGCAGGAGAAGUCGUCCUCCUUCAGCGCGGCCGCCCUGGCCGGACACAUGACCCCCGUGGGCCACCUGCCGCCCUUCAGCCACUCUGGACACAUCCUCCCCACACCGACGCCCAUCCACCCCUCCCCCAGCCUCUCCUUCGGCCACCCCCACCCAUCCAGCAUGGUGACCGCCAUGGGCUAGGGACAGCCGCCCACUGCAUGGACAGAUGGACAGACAGCGAGCAGGGCGGCAGGCAGGGCGAGGCCGGGACGGACGGACCCAAACUCCUACCAGCCCAACCAGAGCCCAGAGCCGCCGCCUCCUUGGCGGCCUCCUGCCUGAUCUCUUGGAAUCAGCCGUGGGCGGUCGCUGUGAAUACUGGCAGCUGCCCGGGUGGGGCUCCCAUCACGGACAAUUGUUUCGAGAGCAAAGAAGGGACAACUUUAGGAAGAGAAGAGGAGGGGGCCGGGGACAAGGCAGAGAAAACCAGUUUUGAAAAGGAAAAAGGAGGAGACCAAAAUAAUUUAUUUUGCUCUUGCUUUCCACAAUGAUUUGGGGAGCUGGAGAGCUGAGCUGUGCUGGAGCAAGCACUCUCCCGGUUCUUUCUCGGAGACCCUCCUCUGCUUGCGGGAUCUCCAGCGGGGCAGAUCCGGGAGAGGGGGUUCUCGGCCUGUACCCCCGUGCUCUUCUGGCUUUCCCACUCUGAGACAGCUGAGCCCCCAGGCUGGGCCGUGCCCUGCUGGCCCUGUCCUCCAGGGGUAGUCCCCAGCAGGGACAGACAAUCACACUGGGUCCUGCUGCAGAUUCCCAGGCCAGGGUUGGGUCACAGGAAGGAAACCACAUUUUCUUGGAAGGGGAAACGUCUCCCAGAUCACUCCCCUGGCUUGGAGGCCGAAGCCCGUGUGACCUGUGUCCCCUUGGUGGGCCCAAGCUACAGCCUAUCACCUCUGCCAGGUGGAGGGACCCCUGUACAUACCUCCUUUUUCUGCUAACCCUUCUCCCCCCUUCUCUCCCCACCCCCCACCCAAGACAAAAGAAAAAAUAUUUUAAAGAAUGCGUUAGCUUAACUCGCUGAGGAGUUAUUUUAUUUUUAAACUCUUUUUGGAUCCAGUCGAUUGUACGUUGCCGCAGAAUUCCUGCUAUGGAAAAGAAAUAAAACCUACGAACGAA